AUGGAGCAGAAAGACAGGUGCGCCUUCCCCGCGGAGCCCCAGAAAUGCAGCAUCCCCUGGGGUCGCUAUGGACCCCUGGCCUUGGGUGUGGAAGCAGGUCACACAGCGGGUGUGCGGUCAGCUGGCCGGCGGUGUUCUCCGGGCUGGAUCGGCCUGCUUGGCCCCCGUCCGGUGGUCCGAGAGACCUUGAGGCGGCGUGUGGGCUCAGGGCCUGGCGGCCUCACUCGGACACCCACCUGCCAAGUCCCUGGAGAGCCCGGCGCCGUGAUGGAGGCCCCGAGGACACCGGGGCCGGGGCGGCCAUCCUCCCAGCUGGAGCCCCAGGCCGAGAGGGCAGGGGACCCAGAGCCAGCUUGGCCUCUGGAGCACCACCUGGAGGUGUGGCCCGGCCCCCUGGACCCCGGUCCCCUGGUCCCCGGGCCACUGGACCCCAGCCCACUGGACCCCGGGCCCCUGGACCCCGGCCCACUGGACCCCGGGCCCGUGGACCCCGGCCCACUGGACCCCGGCCCCCUGGACCCCAGACCACUGGACCCCGGCCCACUGGACCCCAGACCACUGGAUCCCGGCCCCCUGGACCCCGGCCCCGUGGACCCCGGCCCCCUGGACCCCGGCCCACUGGACCCCGGCCCCCUGGACCCCGGUCCACUGGACCCCGGCCCCCUGGACCCCGGCCCACUGGACCCCGGCCCACUGGACCCCGGGCCCCUGGACCCCAGGCUGCUGCCCCCCCUCCACGUCCCUCGGGUGCUGAGGAAGAAGAGAAGGGCUGGACCACACGGAGGAUAUCUCCACCUGAGCUCAUCCUGUGAACAGGAGGGGCCCUCCCACUUCCAGGGACCUGGCCAAGCGCCCAGGGGUGGGGGCACUGGCCGGGAAGGCGCCCCGGGCUGGCUGCAUCUGUCCAGCUGCGCCGGGACGCCACCCACCUUCCCGGGCGGUGAUAACAACGGCAACGUCUGUGGCCUUCCUCCAGGGUCCUUCCCCCCGGCCGUGGAGCCAGCCAGCACGUUCGGGCUCCAGAAGACCUUCGCCAGCAUGGUUUUCUACCUCACUCUGGCCGUGGGCCUCGGGGGGCUGGUGGGGAACGGGCUGGUCCUCUGGCACCUGGGCUUCCACGUCAAGAAGGGCCCCUUCUCUGUCUACGUCCUCCAUGUGGCCACCGCGGACUUCCUGUUCCUGGACUGCCAGCUGGGCUUCUCGGCCGUCCAGGCGGCCCUGGGCUCCAAGGACAGCCUCUACUUCGCCGUCACCUUUGUUGGCUCCUCCGUGAGGCUCUGGCUGCGGGCAGCCUCCAGCGCCAAGCGCUGCCUCUCAGACAUCUUCCCUGCCGGCUACCAGGGCUGCCGCCCCAGACACACGUCGGGCGUCGUCUGCGGCCUGCUGCGCGAGGGCGUGAGCCUGCUCACCUGCCUGCGGUACCACAUGGCUAGCAUCACGUGGCUGCUGUCCUUGGCCUGCGUGGCCUACGUGGCCGGCCUUGUCCUCUUCGUCUGGGUGACGUGUUGCUCCCAGAGCCCGCGCCCUCAGUUCUACAGCAUCUUCCUGGGCUCCGCAUUCCUGCUUUACUCCUGCGGCCUCCCCUACGUCCUCUACUGGACCCUGCACCCCAUCCUGAACCUCCUGCUGCCCGUGUUCCUCCUGCUGGCCACCCUCCUGGCCUGUGUCCACUGCAGCGCCAGGCCGCUCAUCUACUUCGCGACGGGCCGGCAGCCGGGCAAGCGGCAGCCGCUCCGGGUGGUCCUCCGGCGGGCCCUGGGGGAGGCGGCCCAGCUAGGGGCCGGGGGGCUGUCCCUGCCCAUGGGCCGCAUGUCGGGGCUGCCCAGGGUCCCCCCAACCCUUCACCAGACCCUCCAGGACCACGUGUCAUCCCCGCCCCCCCCAGCUCACUGGCCCUGGGGACAAGGGCAUCAUGAGAGCCGUGGUCUUGACCCCCCCGUGCCCAGCCUGUGGAGUACAAGGAAGGCCUGA